AUGUUAGUUGAUGAGGAAAAAAGUUUUUAGUGGCUAACUAUAGCCACAGCUAAAAACAAGAUAUUCGAGAAAGAGUUAUAAUCAAAGAUAUUUUAUCUUAAAAAAUAAAAUAUAUAUAAUAUAAAAAGCAUUCAUAUAAUUUAUUAUGAAAAUUAUUCAUGUAAGCAUUUAUUCUAUAUUCUUAAAGAAUCAAGCAACGAGAAGGUUUGUUUGAUUUAACAUAUGAAGAUUCAAGGUCAAAUAUAAUCAAAUCAAAAACUUCAUAGAGUUUUGCUCAAAUCCUAACAUAAAAAGAUACUUUCCCCAGUGGUCAAAUAUAAGUCAAAACCAAGUUAUAGAAAUUCAUUAUUUUUUUUUAAAAAGACUAUGAAUACUCCUAAAAACUAGCAAGAAACCCAAUCUGAGAUUUUUGAAAAUGUUUUGGAGUUGAAUGAAGAAAUAUUCACACACAUCAUCGAAAUUUUUAGAUAAGAAAACAUAUCAGAUACUAUUGAAUAUCUUUCAAUCUAAGAGAAUCAAAGACAGCUUCAAUCAAGCAUAAUAAAAUUCAAGAAUUCAUCAAAUGUAGAUAAAGGAUACAAGUUUGAAGCUUUAGGAAAAGAGAUUAACUUAAUUCAUAAUAUACUAAAAAAUAUCAAAGAUAGCCACUUCAAUGCAAAGGAUUUCUCCUCAGAACAAUUUUUAGAAAUUAAAUAAAAGAUAAUCAGUAAAAUAAAAGAAAAUAACAGGAUCAGAUAUUUUUUAAAAUUUUUAGUUCAUUUAACUUCUGUAGAUAAGGAUUUCAUAGCAUGUGGAUCAAAUUCAAUUCACUUAUUGGUGACAAUGAAGGCAAAUUUGAGUAAUUAGAGUUGGGAAAACAUAAGAAUAAAGGAUACUUCUUUAAUUGGUGCAACUUUUGUAAGAUGCAACUUUAAUGGAUCUGAAUUUGAUGGUGUGGACAUUAGCGGAGUAAAUUUAAAUGGAGCUCAAAUGUAUAAUUGCAGAUGGAAGAACAUUAAAAUAAAUGAAUUAAAUAAAUUUGAAGGUCAUGGUGAUUGUGUAUUCUCAGUUAAUAUCUCUCCUGAUGGUUAGAUAUUGGCAUCUGGUGGGGGUGGAAAAUAUGGUGGUGGUGAUUGUUCUAUACGUUUAUGGAAUAUUAAAAGAGGGCAAUUAAACGCAAAAUUAGAUGGUCAUACUUAACGUGUAAACUCAAUCUGUUUCUCCCUUGAUGGAAAUAUGUUAGCAUCUGGUAGUAAGGAUAAUGCAAUACGCUUAUGGGAUGUUAAGACUAGAAAAUUAAAAAAUAAAUUAGAUAGUCAUACCAGUGUAAUGUCAGUCUGUUUCUCUCCUAAUGGAUAUACUUUAGCAGCUGCUGGUAAUGAUAAGUCUAUAAGUUUAUGGGAUGUUAAGACAGGAUAAUAAGUAAAUAAAUUAGAUGGCCAUUAUGGAUAUGUAAACUCUAUAUGUUUCUCUCCUAAUGGAAAUACUUUAGCAUCUGGUAGUGAAGAUAACUCUAUACGUUUAUGGGAUGUUAAGACUGGAUAAUAAAAAAAUAAAUUAGUUGGUCAUACUGCUAGUGUCGUGUCAGUCUGUUUUUCUCCUGAUAGAAAUAAUUUUGCAUCUUGUAGUUAUGAUAAGUCUAUACGUUUGUGGGAUCUUAAGACAG